AAAAGUCUGAGCGACGUUGACCCACCCAAAAUCUUAUUCGGAUCUUGGCCCAAGUUGUCCUCCAUAAUCCAAACUCGGAUCCAAUCCCUCUCUCUUCUCUCCCUCCCUCCGUCCCCUCCUCCCUCUCUCUCCCGUUUCUUUUUUUUUUUGUUAUCAACAAGAUCCAAACCCUAAUACCUUCUCGGAUCCUCCGACCGGGCUUGCCUGUGGAACCAAGCUUUUUCUCUGAUAAAUAAUCGGGACUUUGGGUCAUCUGAAGCCUAUGCAAUGGAAGUGGCUAAUGAAUCAGCUAUUAAGAAACCAAAGAGGUUGACUUCUGUCGUAUGGAACCACUUUGAAAGGGUUAGGAAAGCUGACGUAUGUUAUGCAGUAUGUGUUCAUUGUAAUAAGAAAUUAAGUGGAUCAAGUAAUAGUGGAACCACCCAUCUGAGAAACCACUUAAUGCGGUGCUUGAAAAGAUCUAACUAUGAUGUUUCCCAACUACUUGCAGCGAAGAGAAGGAAAAAGGAUAACACCCUUACCAUUGCAAAUAUCAGUUAUGAUGAAGGGCAAAGAAAAGAGGAUUAUAUUAAGCCCACUAUUGUUAAGUAUGAACAGGAUCAGAGAAAGGAUGAAGUUUUCAACCUUGGAAGCAGCCGGUUUGACCAAGAGCGAAGCCGGUUAGAUCUUGCCCGCAUGAUUAUAUUACAUGGCUACCCCUUAGCCAUGGUUGAGCAUGUGGGAUUCAAGGUAUUUGUCAAGAAUCUGCAGCCAUUGUUUGAUCUUGUGCCAAAUAGCACCAUUGAGCUGUUUUGUAUGGAAAUUUAUGGGAAGGAGAAGCAGAAAGUUUAUGAUAUGCUAAGUAAAUUGCAAGGCAGAAUUAACCUUGCUGUUGAGAUGUGGUCUUCACCAGAGAACUCUAAUUACUUAUGCUUGACAGCGCAUUAUAUUGAUGAUGAUUGGAAACUACAAAAGAAGAUUCUUAAUUUUGUCACACUUGAUUCUUCUCAUACUGAAGACUUGCUUUCUGAAGUAAUUAUGAAGUGUCUGAUGGAUUGGGACAUAGAGUGUAAGUUGUUUGCCAUGACUUUUGAUGAUUGUUCUACUAAUGAUGAUAUUGUCCUGAGAAUAAAGGAGCAGAUCUCUGAAAACAGGCCCCGUCUAAGCAAUGGUCAAUUAUUAGAUGUGCGCUCAGCUGCACAUGUUCUAAAUUCACUUGUUCAAGAUGCUGUGGAAGCUCUUCAAGUGGUGAUCCAAAAGAUUCGAGGAAGUGUUAGAUAUGUUAAAAGUUCACAAUCAAUACAAGGGAAAUUCAAUGAGAUUGCCCAACAAACUGGAAUCAUCAGUCAGAAGAGCUUAGUUCUUGAUUGUCCUAUCCGGUGGAAUUCAACAUAUGUGAUGCUUGAGACUGCUGUAGAAUACAGGAAUGCAUUCUGUCAUUUGCCAGAGCUUGAUCCUGACCUUGCUUUAAGUGAUGACGAGUGGGAAUGGGCAAGUUCCGUUACUGGCUAUUUGAAACUAUUUAUUGAAAUCAUUAAUGUCUUCUCUGGCAACAAAUGUCCUACUGCGAAUAUAUAUUUUCCUGAAAUUUGUCAUGUUCACAUUCAAUUGAUUGAAUGGUGCAAGAGCCCAGAUAAUUUUCUUAGUUCAUUGGCAGCAAAGAUGAAAGCUAAGUUCGAUAAAUAUUGGAGCAAGUGCAGUUUGGCUUUGGCAGUAGCAGCUAUCUUAGAUCCCCGAUUCAAGAUGAAAUUGGUGGAGUAUUACUACUCCCAGAUUUAUGGCAGUACUGCUUUGGAACGAAUUAAAGAAGUGUCUGAUGGUAUCAAGGAACUCUUUAAUGCAUACUCUAUCUGCUCAACUUUGAUUGAUGAGGGUACAGCUUUGCCUGGCAGUAGCUUACCUAGCAGUAGUAAUGAUAGUAGAGAUAGACUAAAGGGCUUCGACAAAUUCCUCCAUGAGACAGCUCAAAGUCAAAGUGCAAUAUCAGACUUGGAAAAAUAUUUAGAGGAGGCAGUCUUUCCUCGUAACUGCGAUUUCAAUAUAUUAAAUUGGUGGAGAGUUCACACACCAAGGUAUCCAAUCUUGUCAAUGAUGGCACGUGAUGUUCUAGGAACUCCUAUGUCAACUGUUGCACAGGAGUCAGCAUUCAAUGCUGGAGGUAGGGUGCUUGAUAGCUGUCGAAGUUCACUGACUGCUGAUACUCGACAGGCUUUGAUAUGCACACGAGAUUGGUUGUGGAUGCAAUCAGAUGACCCCAGUCCAUCUUCUAGUCAUUAUGCUCUACCCCUUUAUGUUGAAGCAAAUUGAUCUGUCCUCGGUACAUGAAUCUGUCUUAAGCUGAUACAAUGGUGGCCGAUUGGGUUGAGCACUUAGUCCUUGGUCUCAAAUCAACUGCUAUUUUCAUGUGCAUAUGUCGGUGUGGGUAAAUUGCUAAUUGCUUAUGGUAUUUAAGUGUGGCUUUGCUAUUAUAGUUUUUCCACUAGAAGCUUAAAUGUACAUUUUAGGAUAACAAGGCUUAAAGCUAUGGCUUAAUUCAAGCAACAACUCUCUAUUGUGCUUGAUAUAGUUAUUUGAUUUCAAGUUAGAGUUGAAAUAGAAGUUGUAUAGAGAGAGCUUAUUGUAUUCAUAUUUGGUUUCCUGACUUAUCACCUGGGCAAUAACCAGAGACCGAUUUACAAGUUGAAGAAAGUUUUCUAAUUUUGACUUUAUGGAAAUUACCUUUCA